AUGGACGUUGAUCCGGAAGUGUUUUGCAUGAUCAAUUAUUACAUUAGAAACAAUUAUUUUGGCAGUGCGGCCAGAUUAUGUGACGAUUCUCUGAAGCGCGUCAAAGAUCAACGUCAAAUUCAGAUUCUGAAGGCUUAUUGUUUGGCAAAAAUUGGUGAGUAGUUUCUUUAUAUUCUUGUCUUUAUUUUAGAUGCAAAGGUUGACUUAAAAUAUCUUAAAGAAACGAGGAAAGACUUAUAUUAUCCAUGGCUGUUUUAGGUAAAACCGCGGAUGCAAUUCGAAUUCUAAACGCUUUGACAGAUGAACCUGACCUAGAUCUGGCCGUUUUCAAUGCUCUACGGAUUGCAUAUUCUUUAGAAACAGUAGUUGGUAAGUGCGUUGCUUAAUAUUGAAGACUUUACGGCCAGUUUUCUAACUCCCUCUUCAAAGUAUCAAGUGUAAUAUAAAUUUUGAAUGAAAAGACAUAAAACAUUGCGAAUUUAGACAAAGAUUCGGUUCGAAACGUCGAAGAAAAAGCUCAGGCAGCUUGGGCAAAGUCGCACGAUCGUGGAGCCUUCCUUUGCGGGACAUUAUACAUGUUUGAAAAGAACUACGAACGAGCGAAACCACUGAUCGACCGGGUCACAAACUCGAAUACGCAUAAUUCAACGGCAAGUACAAUAUGAUUUGUUCAAAACGAUAUUUUUUGGUGGAGCUUGUAUGAAAAAGUUGUUGCGUUUUGUAAUUUAUGGUUCAUUUCGUUAAAUUAAUCAAGAACAUCACAUUAACACACAUACUACAACAUAAUAUAGGCUGUAGUCUGUAGUUUGGUGUGCUUUUUCAUAAAUUGGCGAGAUUCUGGUCAGAAAUUACGUAAUUUUAGACGGAAGGGACAUUGUUAUCAGUAGAGGAAUCAAAAUUACAUUAAAAACCAAAAUAAUCUCACGAAAUUUGGGCGCGGCUUGGACUUUGAGUUUCGCAGGCUGCAGGCGGUGGUUUAGUUUGAAAUGCAUGUAGCUUACUGAUAAUUGCAAACAUAAUUAUAAAUAUUUAUUUUUUUUUACAUUUUUACAAAAAAAAUUUAACUUUACUAAUAGUUCAUCAAAAAAUGGCUAUAAAAUUUUGCACAGUGCAAGAAAACUUUGUAGUACUUAUUUUCUUACUGUAACAAAAAAUUUUAAUUUUUUGAUGUUGUCUAACUAAAAGAGGCUUGCUUUCUUAUAUCAUUGUAGUUUUGAUCGGUCUAGUCUUUUGAUUUUACUGCACGGUUAAUGGAAAUUUCACUGCACGGUGCAAAAUAUUUAGAGAUUGGGUGAUUGCACAGUGCGAUAAUGACUUUAUUUUAGUGUACGGAGCAAAAAGGAUGGUUGGAAGUGCUAUGGGGAAGAGAUUUGAGUUUGGCUAUGAAGAAGUUUGAAGCGGCGAUGGAGAUGGACAAUCAUCCUGAAGGUUAUUUGGGGAAGAUUCAGUUAAUGAAAAUGAGGUUUGUAAACAAAGUUUUUGCUUUUUUUUAUUUUUCAAAUUUAUUUUUAGACAUUGAAUUUCUAUUGCCUUUGAUUUUUUUAGUUUUGGUUCGUAAUUUGUAGAAAAACGUAAUUUUGUCGUUUGCUCCGUGCAAAAGAAGGAGAUUGCACGGUGCAGUCACUUUUUUGUAUAUAAAAUGAAUUUUUACAGUAAAAUACUAAAAAAAUACUAUUUUAGAAAUAAUUUGGUUGAAUUACGAGAAAUUUGCACUGAGUUAGUGGAACAACAUCCAACUUUGUUGGCAGGGUUUAUUGAAUUGAUUAGAGUAUUGAUAAUGAGUCGAAAGUGGGAAGAAAUUGGCGAAACUUCACAACAAGCUACUUUAAUUCAGGUAUAAAUUAAAAAUUUGAUGUAAAAUACGGUUUCCAUAUUUAAUAACGUCUUAUACGCACCAAAUUUUACUUGCACGGUGCAAUGUUAAUUUUUUGCACGGUGCAGACAUUUAAUAUUGCAUUUUUUAAUCAUCAUAACGGUUUUUUUUUCAAAAAAUUCAAAAAAAAAUUUUCAGAGUCAAUGCAUCCCAAUUCAACUAUUUGAAUGCCUAGAAUGCAUUGUAUAUUCUGGCCAAGCGGAACAAAUCGAAAUGUUCUUAUCAGAACUAAAUGAUUCCGUUAACAAAUUUGAAUCGACCAAUUAUGAGCUAUGCUUGUUUAUUGCCCAAUUCCUAUCAUCUGUAUCGAUUGACAAUGAUAUUGUGAAGCAAUUUGCAAGGUAAGCCUUUAAAACUUCGUUUUAUAUGCUGCACUGUGCGAAAUGUUAUUGCUUGCACUGUGCAAAAAAGUUGGUCAUGUUGUAGUAGUUUAAUUUAUUAGAAAAUUUGCGUUAUUUUUGAACUAAGCUAUUAGUUUUGACUAUUUUAAAAUGUAUUAAACUUUUUUUUGCGAUUUGGAGCUCUUAUUUUUGCAUACGGAUCCAUCAAUUUUGGCCGCACCGUGCAAGCAUUAAAUAUUCUGCACGGUGCAACCUCUUUUUUCAAUUUUUUUACGUUUGUUGACAAAAUUUUUAAUAAAAAAAAUUUUUUAUGCUAUUGUUAGUUUAAUUUUGAACUGUUAAAACUAUUUUUCAACUUUAGGAGAUUUGUGGACAAAGCAUUACAAAUCAAAGAAACAGAAGAAUUAAUUGCACUAAAGGCAGAGCUUUUGCUAGCUAGUGGGAAUGCCAAAGAAGCUAUGAAAUGUGCUGUAUCAGCUGUGGAAACACACAAUCUGGCCAGGCCAGAGUUAUUGUUUGGUAGGGAUUAUGAAAAUUUUAAAAAAAGAGAAAAAAAAUUAUUUUGAAGGUCGACCCUGUUUUGAAUAACAUGGUCUUUUGAUAGAAAUUGAUCUGUUUGUUUACUUAAUUUUGUUAUAACAUAAAAUCUGGGUCUUUGAGAUACAUUUUGAGUAUAAUCCAAGGUUUAGAACUUUAAAGUUACAAUCACUGUGACCAAAUUUAUAUUGUUUUAGUGCUGACCAAGUGUUAUAUCGCGGAAAACAAGAUGAAUGAUGCCAGAACUCAGAUGGAAUUUGUCAAAGCAACAUUUUCUGAUGUUGAAAAAGAUACUGUAAGUUAAUUAUAGCAAAUUUUUCUUUAUUCUAAGGCUUUUUCAUACCUAAAAAAAGGUUUAUAUUAUGUUAGAGCAUAGUUGAUGUCUAUCUUAAUAUAUUUGAUUGAAAACCUGGUUUAAUAGAUUUAAAUUGACUUUUUUAAUUUUUAAUGAUACUAUGGGUUACUUACUGUAUUAUAUACUAGUUAUUUGUAGACAUACAUGUAUUUGGAAGCGGUAAUCAAUAAUGAAAAGUCACCUAACAAGGAGACCUUCUUGGGUGCUAUGAGGAAUGUGGUUGAUCAUCAUAUGGGCAAAGUUCAUGUAAGAGCUGGGUUUGAAAUGUGGUAUAUUGAUUUGUAAAAAUGUACUUAAGAUCAUCUUUUAUUUUUUUAGGUUUGCACUGUGCAAUGUUUUAAUUUUGCACCGUGCAGUCAAAGUUUAAAUUUUUGCACUAUGCAAUCAAUAUUUGUCAUUUUAAAAAAAAAGAUUUUAGAAAAUAUUUUCCAGGGAAAAACCUAUGGCCUAGAAUAUCUAACGCUUCUCAAUGCCACUUUUGUAAUGGAAAUUGUUCAUCGUCUAUUUGAAUAUGUGCCUUUGAGCCCUUCCAACAUGCCUGAUCCAGUUCUGAAGGAAAUCGAAAGAAAUUUAAUGGUUUUGACGGACAACUUCCCAGCCAUAGCUAGACUAUCCUAUUUGUUAGCUAAAGUCAAGUACCUGUGCAUGGAGAACGAUGCUGCUCAAAAUUAUUUGAAAAAAGCGAUUGAAAAGAAUAACAAUAUUGCUGAGGCUCAUUUGCUGAUGGCUCAGGUAGGGUAGCUCUAAUAUUGUGGUAGGCUGCCUAAAAUAUAAUGUUAGGCCAUGAUACUCUCAUAGUUUUGAUAGUAUGUUAGAGCCAAUUUAAGCACUAUUAGGUUGUUCACUUAAUUCUGCGCCCUUUCUCAAAGCAAACUUGUAGGGUAAAGGGGGCUCAGAAUUACGUGAACAAUCUAAUAUUUUAGAUCCACCUCCAAAAGAAUAACCUGGAAGAAGCGUCGAAAUGCCUGGACGUUGGCCUUGGAUUCAACUUCAAAGUCAGAGAUCAUCCCCUCUUUUACUUGAUCAAAAGUCGAUUCUUGAGAAAGGAAAAGAAGCUAGAAGAAGCCAUCAUGAUGCUGAAGUCUGCCUUUGACCUGCCGGCUUUUCAGGGUAACAUAGGCUUAGAAAUUUAGAUAUUUUUGGAUUUUUAGGUAACAAAUUUCAAAAAAUUUUAGUUUUUUGAAACAAAACUAGUGCUAUUAAGUUGUUUAAAUAAUUCUGUGCUCCCUAACUCUAAAAAUGUUUUUUGGAAAGGAGCAGAGAAUUAUUUGAACAUUAUAGUACAUUGUAUAAUAAGAAAGACUGAUAAGAUAGCAUAAGAAAAAAAAACAGAAAAACCUAUGGAAAAGUAAAAGAUGUGCCAUUUCUAGGCAGAGAUAUGACUUUGGAGCGAUUGGAAGUCACUGAAGCUGACAGAAUUCAAAUCAUGUUGGAAUUGAUAGAUUUGCUUCAACAGGCUGGGCAGACUGUAAGCUACCUACCCAUACCAUUACCCCACCUCUUCACCCAAACAUAUUAAUACCCCUGCCCAUGUCCUUACACUCAUUCGUACCCCUAAUACCCUACUCAUACCUCUACCCUAAACCUACGUAUAACUUUGAAAUACCGUAGUCCCCCUACAGCUUCCAUACCCUCAUCUAUUGUAAAUCUAGCGUAUCCUACUUUGAAUCUACUGACCAGUCGAUCUUUUUUACCUUUCUAAAAUUCACUGCAAGAUAUCCUUACCCUUUCCAUCCAUGCCUCCAGCCCUGCCUGCUGAAUUCCUACUUUAUCUUAACACUACCGUACUCCAUUCAGAGAGAAGCAGACCAAGUAAUGCAGCAAGCAAUCAAAAGAUACCAAGGCAAAACAGAAGAACAUCAACUAGUACUAAUGAACUCGGCCCUGCGGCUUCAACGUGGUGACGUUGAUGGAGCACUAAAAGUGCUGGAGACUGUCAAACCAGGUAAGCUCUAGCCCUACCCUUACCACUACUCCCACUUUACUCCUACCCCCUUAUUCCUACCACAUCCAUACCUUACGGUAGCCUUGCCCUACUUCGUAUCUCUGCUGUAGUAUACCAUGAUGUAGUAAGAUUGAAACUAAAAUUUUCAUUUUCAGAAGACUCAAAUUACAAUGCAGCUCGAAUGAAAAUGGCACAAAUCUACCUGGAACAUAAGCAUGAUCACAUCCAUUUUACUCAAUGUUACAAAGCCAUUUUGGAUAAUAAUCCAUCUUCACAGACCUAUGUUCUACUUGGAGAUGCGUAUAUGAGCAUUCAGGAGGUAAAAUACGUUGAAUUAUAUACGUAAAAUACUACUUUUUAUUGUUAGCUGAAAAUUAUUACCUAAAAUGCCCAAAAUUGACCUACAAUUAUAAUUCGGGCCUAAUUUUAAGUGAAAAAAAAAUUAUCGACCAGUCGAUAAAAUUUUUCAAAAAAAAAUUUUUUUUCGCUAAAGAAUAUAAGCUUAAAACUCCAAAAAGUGACCUGCCACUAUAACGUUUUAAAUUUUAUGAAUAAAAAUUAUCAACCGGUCGAAAAAUAAAAAAUUUUUUUUUGCUGAAUAUUAUUACCUGAAGUUUCAAAAACAACCUACACACAAACCUUAGGCCAACUUUAUACUUUAGGCACAAAAAUUAUCGACCAGUCGAUAAAUUUUCUAAAAAAUCCGCUAUUCUAGCCAACCAACGCCAUUGACGCCUACGAAACAGCGAUGCGUCGCAGUCCAAACAACUAUGAAUUGGCGGUGAAAAUUGGGGAUGCUUAUGUGAAAUGUCACCUCUACAACAAAGCCAUCAACUUCUACGAAGCCGCGAUGAAGAAGAGCAAGCAACCAUUGUUAAGAUUGAGAUUUGCUGAACAAUUGUUGAGAUUGAACAAUUUGGAAAAGUGUGAACGGGUCCUCAGGGAUGUGAUUGACGAAGCGCUGGAGCCAGAUUGUAAGAAAAUUAGUUUGGUGUAUUUAAAAAUGGCAGAAAAUGAGAUUGAGGGGGAAAAAUUUUGGGAAAAUGGCCAAAAUUUUAUUGAAAACAAGGAAACAAUUGGGUUUUGUUACCUAAAAUAACGUUUUUUUACCAAAAACAGCUCUUUUUAAGCCUAAAAUAACCUUUUUGAUCAUUUCAGCUUUCCAAGAGCUCCAAAAUCAUGUCAAAUUCUGGAUUUUAUUAUCUAAAAUGCAUUCCGAAUCCAACAAUGUGGUCUUGGCUAUAACAGCUCAAGAAAAAGCCAGAACCCUCCAGAACAAGAUAUUGGCCAUGAAAGACAUUCCAGAUGUUCAAGCGGAACGACGCGUUGCUGCUGAGUAGGUAAAAUACGUCUGGAGCAAGUAAAAUUUUUAAAAAAAUCAAAAGUCAAAAAUUUUUUACAAAACAAAAAUGGCAAGAACUUUUUUAACAGAACUCAAAAUGGCAAGAACUUUCUUAACAGAACUCAAAAUGGCAAGAACUUUAUUUACAAACCCUCAAAAAUCAAAAAAGUUGACCCAUCAGAUAAGAUAUCACCUGCAGAUUGCGAAACUCCUAAAAACUUUUUUAAUACAGAAACUGUUUUAAAUUUCGAUUUUUGUUGUAAAAUACGCCCCCUCCCCCCGCUCCAAGAAAAUCCGUAGCGACGUUCCUGAUGACAAUAUCAAUUUCAGAAUGGCAGCCAGACUAGCCGACCUGCACGCCCGGCGACGUGAACAUACGAAAGCCAUCGAUUACUAUAAAGAAGCCAUUUUCAUCAACGAAAGAGACGUUCACAUGGUCGAGAAUCCGGAGCCAGACUCAUUGGAGCACUUUCAUCUACAAAUCAUGAUCAAGCUAGCCAGAAUUUAUAUGACAAUUGGAAAUGUCACGUUAUGUCAUCAACAAUGUAAUGCCAUUCAGAAUUUGGACAAGAACAAUAAUGAGGCCACCUUGGUAAGAAGGAUGGGUUAAGGAUGCUGAUAAAUUUGUUUACAAAACAAAAUGGCAAGAACUUUCUGUACAAAACGGAAAAUGGCAAGAAGUUUCUUUACAAAACAAAAAAUGCUAAAACUUUAUUUACAUAGUUAUUUUUAGGUAUAAAACAUAAAAUUUAUCUGUUCUCCCAUCAAAAAGUCAUUUUACAGAUGCUGGCCGACGUAAAUUACCAGAAAAACGAAGGUGACACAGCUUUAAAAUACUUCUCCGAACUUUUGGACCGAAACCCCAAUCAUUACCACGCCCUAGCCCGCUAUAUUGAAUUAGGCUGGAGGAAGGGAGACCUAGAACAAGUUGAAAAAUACGUCAAAAACGCUUUGGAACACAACCCUCGAGCCAAUACUGAAGCCGGCUUCAAUUUCUGCAAAGGACUAAUCGAAUGGUACUCUGGCGAACCAAAUAGUGCACUUCAGGCCUUCAAUAGAGCACGACGCGAUUUGGAAUGGGGAGAGCGUGCCUUGGUUAACAUGAUUCAUAUCUGCAUGAAUCCGGAGAAUGAAAUUAUUGGCGGAGAAACUUUUGAGAAUGAGGAGGGCGCAGCUCGCAAUGAGUCAAAAGAAAUCGCUGUUAAAACGGCCGAUCGGUUUUUAAAGGUGUGAACCUUUAGUAAUAGUAACAAAUAAAUAUAGGUGAAAUAAGGUCAUUUCAAAGCUAUUUUUUUUAAUUCUCAGCUUGGUAUAUUUCAUUGCACGGUGCAAAGCAAUUUUUUAUUUAUUCCGUUGCACUGUGCAGAUUUUUCAAAAGCUGUUGGAAAAGCUACAAAAUAAGUUUAAAUACCAUGCAAUUUUAGGUAACAAGGCCAUUUUUCAUUUACUUUAAACCUUGGCUUUUACUAGCCAAAAGUUCUGAACAUGAUUGCACAGUGCAAGUUUUUAAUUAUUUUGCACCGUGCAAUCAAUUUUGAAGCUUUUGACUAUUAAAAACAGGGUUUUAAAGUAAACGUAAAAUGCCUUUGAUACUUAACAUUUCAUGGUAGUUAAACCUACUUUGUAGGUUUCUAACAGUAUUUGAAAAAUCUGCACGGUGCAAUGCAAAAAAAAAUAAAAAAUCGCUUUGCACCGUGCAAUCAAUUUUUAAACUUAGGACAGUAAAACCCAAGUUUUUCGGAAAAAUUUUGAAUUUUUUUCAUUUCCAGGAGCUCAAGAGCAAAAGGCUGAACAACAGUGAGCAUGAACUACUUUCAAAUUUCAUUCAAUUAGCCAGCGGAAACAAAACUAAUGUCCAAACGGCUUUGGACAACUUUUUGGAAAUUCUUGGCCCUGAUGUCACCAAUCCGAAUGGACCGGUAAGUUUAAAGUUUUUAAGCUCAACAAGAAUAAAUGCUUAAAACAAGAAUAAAUGCUUAAAACAAGAAUAAAUGCCCUUUUAUUCUUGUUUUAUCAAUAUUUUUUAAUUGCACGGUGCAGGGAAAUGUUAUUUUAACUGCACGGUGCAACGGAAAUUAUUUUGCACCGUGCAAACUUUAAAAAUUAUCACAUUUGAGAAAAAAUCAUAUUGUAAACAGAAAUUAAAAAUUUUAAAAACAUUUAAAUUCAAAAUAAAAUUUUAGGAUUUGGUAAAUGUCGGAGCGAUUCUGGGCGCAGCUCGCGCUUACAUGUUAUUGAAACAAACUCAAAAAGCGAAACAAUAUUUGAAAAAGGUGUAUUCUUAUCCAUGGACACUUGAAGAUUCCGAUUAUCUUGAACAAUGUGAGUUUGUAAAGAAAGUUCUUGCCAUUUAAUGCCUUGUGAAGAAAGUUCUUUCCAUAAUAAUUGAUAUGACCACAAUUUUUCCAUUUCCAGGCUGGCUCCUCCUAGCCGACAUCUAUGUGAACCAAAGUAAGAACGACCAAGCGACCGCGAUUCUUCGUACUGUGCUACAGUACAAUGCUAGUGCUACGAAAGCCUACGAAUAUAUGGGGUUUUUGAGAGAAAAAGAGCAAAAGUACAAUGACGCGGCCGCCAAUUUCGAACUUGCCUGGAGGUUGUGUCGACAACGAAGCCCUGGUAUCGGGUAUAAAUUGGCAUACAAUUACCUAAAGUGCCGCCGCUUAUUUGAUUGUAUUGAUGUUUGUCAUGCUGUGCUUCGUAUGUCUCCGGAAUACCCGAAAAUCAAACGGGACAUCUUGGAUAAAGCUAGGGGCAUGAUUAAGAUGUGA